AUGGCAACUAAAACCUCACGAAAAGCUCCAGAUGUGCUCGUCGAAAUCAUCGACAACGAACAAGAUUUCACAACAGCCUUUGCCAUAAUCUCAAAAUGCUUCGGCCACCAAACCAACGAUGCCUUCUGGCAAGCCAUGAACCCAGGCUGGAACACUUCUAAAGGAGCAGCCGCAGGAACCUCUCGCAUGGUCAAGCGAUGGCAAUCAGUCUCCAGCAACAAAUCUGGAGAACCGAAUACAGUGCAUCUCAAAGCCACUGUACCUGAUCCGCAGAAUCCAGGCCAACGCAUUAUAGCGGGCAUAGCCAUCUGGGCACAACACUCCAUGAUCGAUGGCAUGGGCGACAAACCAUCUACUGACAUCAACACUGCAGCAGAUCUGGAAGAACUAUACCCAGGCAAUGAAGCAGAGCAAAGAUUUCUUCGCCAAUGCUUUGCAUCGUUCGUCAGUCAACGCGUCAAAACGCUAGAAGAAAAAGCAACGACUUCAUCACCCGCAACAUUUAGUUUGGAUCUCUGUGUUGUGGAUCCUGAGUUCCAGAGAAGAGGUAUUGCGAAUAAGUUGGUGGAGUGGGGGUUGGAAGAAGCUAGAAAGAGGGGAGGGUUGGAGUCGACGACUGAGGGGUCUGCUAUGGGUAGAUUUGUUUAUCAGAAGCUGGGCUUCAAGCCGGUGGAGGAAGUGGUCUACCAUGUGGAUCCCGAGUUCCAGGAUCGCAAGUUGCCGCCGAAUUUGUUCAUGCGUACUGGUGCGAGCGCUUAA